AUGCAGGGCUUGCUGAUUUUGAGCGUACUCCUGGGGGCUGUUUUCAGCAAUGAAGACUUUGUGGGGCACCAGGUGCUCCGAAUCUCAGCAGCCAAUGAGGCCCAGGUACAGAAGGUGAAGACGCUGGAGGAUCUGGAGCAUCUGCAGUUGGACUUCUGGCGGGGCCCUACUCGACCUGACGCCCCCAUCGAUGUCCGAGUGCCCUUUCCCAGUCUUCAGGCUGUCAAAAUCUUCCUGGAAUCACACGGCAUUGACUACAGGAUCAUGAUCGAGGACGUGCAGUCGCUGCUAGAUAAGGAAAAGGAGCAAAUGUCCACUUCCAGGUCCCGGGCCCAAUCUACUGACACCUUUAACUAUGCCACCUACCACACCCUGGAGGAGAUCUACGACUUUAUGGACCUGCUGGUCACUGAGAACCCGCAGCUUGUCAGCAAGAUCCAGAUUGGCAACAGCUAUGAAGGUCGUCCCAUUUACGUACUAAAGUUCAGCACUGGCGGUGACAGCCGUCCAGCCAUCUGGAUCGACACUGGCAUCCAUUCCAGGGAGUGGGUCACCCAGGCCAGUGGGGUCUGGUUUGCAAAGCAGAUCACCCAAGACUAUGGCCAGGAGCCAACUCUCACCACCAUUCUUGACAACAUGGACAUCUUCGUGGAGAUUGUCACGAAUCCGGAUGGUUUUGCCUUCACCCACAGCAAGAAUCGCAUGUGGCGCAAGACUCGCUCUAUCACAGCAGGCUCCAUCUGUGUUGGGGUGGACCCCAACAGGAACUGGGAUGCUGGCUUUGGGAAGCCCGGAGCCAGCAGCAACCCAUGCUCAGAUACAUACCGUGGCAAGUUUGCCAACUCUGAAGUGGAGGUCAAGUCCAUUGUGGACUUUGUGAAGGCUCAUGGGAACAUCAAGGCCUUCAUCUCCAUCCACAGCUACUCCCAGCUCCUUCUGUAUCCUUAUGGCUACACAUCACAACCAGCCCCCGACAAGGAGGAGCUGGAUCAGCUGUCCAAGUCUGCUGUAACGGCACUGGCUUCUCUGUAUGGGACCAAGUUUACAUAUGGCAGCAUCAUCAAGGCAAUUUAUCAAGCCAGCGGGAGCACGAUUGACUGGACCUACAGCCAGGGCAUCAAAUACUCCUUCACGUUUGAGCUUCGAGACACAGGGCGCUACGGCUUCCUGCUCCCGGCCUCACAGAUCAUCCCCACAGCCCAGGAGACGUGGCUGGCCCUUCUGACCAUCAUGGAGCACACUCUGAAUCACCCCUACUGAAGCAGCCCCGGGGCCCCCUCAUCUUCCUGCCCAGCCCCACCCCGGGCAACCAAAUAAAGUUUGAC